UUUUCGCUGGGCCACAUUGUGCCAGCUCACGGCCACGGGCCGUGAGCUUCACGUUCGGGAAGUCAGCAGUUCGCCGGGUGAGGGGAAGGGAGGGAUGGUCUACGAGGGAGGACCGCACCUCCGAGCCUCCACCAAUCCGAGACAAAGCCGGCUCCUCCGGAGGCCAGAUGGCCGCUGAUAUAUAGUAGAGGGCGCAGCUGAUGCAACAUCGAGAAGAGAUAACACACGCAGGCAUCACGUCAGUGCAGGAGGAGCAGCAGCCCGAAGCAGCAACACCUCAUACCCGAGAGCAACGCGCGCGAGCUUCUCUUCCGUCGAUUAGCCGGUACAAGCAUGCCUCUUAUCAGAACCCUCAGCAAGGUGGCCAGGCAGGCCCUGCUCAGCAGCCCGGGGUGCGGCUGCCAGCCCCUUACCGUGGCCGUACGCACCAUCAGCUUCUCCCCCCGGCAGGUCACCUCGGAUGCAAGCUUCCACUCUGUGUCUUUCUCAGAAACUGACCACCCCAAAGUGCUCAUCACUGGUGGCCUGGGGCAGCUUGGAGUGGGACUGGCCAAGUUGUUGAGGAAGAGGUUUGGAAAGAACAACGUUAUUCUGUCUGACAUCAGGAAACCCCCAAGUGAUGUUUAUCACAGCGGCCCCUUCAUUUACUCGGACAUCCUGGACUACAAGAACCUGCGAGAAAUUGUGGUGAACAACCGCAUCACUUGGCUGGUCCACUACAGCGCCCUGCUCAGCGCGGUGGGAGAAGCUAACGUGGCCUUGGCUCGCUCUGUUAACAUCACCGGGCUUCACAACAUCCUGGACAUUGCAGCGGAGCACGGCCUGCGUCUGUUUGUCCCCAGCACCAUCGGCGCCUUUGGUCCCACCUCCCCCCGCAACCCAACGCCAGAUCUGUGCGUGCAGAGACCUCGCACCAUCUACGGUGUUUCCAAAGUCCACGCCGAGUUGAUGGGCGAGUACUACUCCCACCGUUACGGCCUUGACUUCCGCUGUCUUCGCUACCCAGGAAUCAUCUCUGCUGACUCCAUGCCUGGAGGCGGCACGACAGACUACGCCGUUCAAAUUUUCCACGACGCGAUCAAAACCGGAAAGUUCGAGUGCAACCUGCGACCCGACACGCGGCUGCCCAUGAUGUACAUCGAUGACUGCCUGCGCGCCACGCUGGAGGUGAUGGAGGCUCCAGCGGACACUCUGAGCAUGAGGACGUACAACAUCAAUGCCAUGAGUUUCACCCCCGAGGAGCUGGCCCAGGAGCUUCAGAAGCAGAUGCCCGAGCUGGAGGUUACAUACGAUGUCGACCAUGUGCGACAGGCAAUCGCCGACAGCUGGCCGAUGAACUUCGAUGAUUCCAACGCGCGGAAGGACUGGGGCUGGAAGCACGAUUACGAUCUGCCGGAGCUGGUGCAGACAAUGCUGAACUACUUUGGUGUGGAGACGCGCAUGGCUCGUGUUAACUGAAAUACUGCGUCAGCCUUUCCUUUGUACAUAGUGUAAAAACAGACCAAAGAGAAUAGAGAAACUCGGCCUGUACAUAGUUGUUCUCUCAAUUCUCGGCGUAAAACGAGAAGGGCUGUCCUUGUCUGCUGCAAGACUCGCGCGCCUACAGAAUGCUCAGUGCGGACUUAUCAAGCGUCCGUGCUCUCUGCUGCGUGUGCGUUCUUAGCUCACUUUUCCAUUUUUCUGCUCGUACAUUCGUAUGAAAAGCAGUGUGUUGGUGGCAGACCAACAGCAGUACUGGAUAUGUCAAGGUGGCCCAUGAAAACUUGUUAGGAUGAACAAGAAAAUGACUUAAUCAUUGAGAAAAUCAAUUCAAGAAAUGGAGAAUGUUUAAAAAUAGCAUUCGUAACUCUUUUUACUGAAUUUUUGUUCGGUUUUCUGCUUGGUUUCCAAGUAUUGUCAGUAUACAAUUACUGAGGCUUAUAGCUCUUGAGGCUAAAAUCCAGUUAGAGGUAAACAAGUAAACAGGAUGUAUUUCUGAUGCACUUUAAAGAGAACGGAAUAAAAAAAGACAGAGCCUGAUCAUCUGUGAGGGUUCAUACUGAAUGGAGAGCACCUCAGUAGUUCUAUAUAAUUCUUAUUCUUUUUAUUCCACUUAACAUUAUUUAUUCUGUUACUGUUUCCCUUCUCACUUUUGUUAUUUAAUUUUAUUUCUGCAGUUUUGUUAGACCUAUGCUUGGCAGUGUUUGAUGUCUUUGAAAGAAAUUGAAAGUUUUUGUAAAUGGUGGCUGGCUUUCUUAAGAGCAAAAUUUGAAAAUAAAUUUUUCUUUUUUCCACAUACAUCCUUUCUGUGUCUGUGGUGACUUUCUGAAUUAAAAGUUUGAAUUGAGAAUUCAAAAGUCUUAAAGCCUCACUUGGCAGGUGAGACUUUUUUUUCUGUAACUCAGCUGUCCACGUGUCUAUAGCACUGGAUAUACAGUUGGUGAUUAUGACAACUGAAGAAUGUUAAGAUGUGUCUACGUGGAGGCUUUUAGCUGUUUUUCCCCCCACCUUCGUCUGCUUGGAACAUGUGCAGACAAAAAAAAGGGGGAGGGCAUGUGCUGUAAGAGGUGAAGGAAUGGAAGUCUAAAUUAUUGGUUUGAUGCUACAUGACUUGGCUUUUUGCAAAGUGAGACUUUAGUUUAAAGACAUACAUUUAAAACAAUCUUGUCUAAUCAAAAUGAAUAAAACUGAAAUUAUUAUAAAGUCCAACACUGAUGUCUAAACAACAACUUGAACAUUAAACCUCAAAACUGAUUUUUGAUCAAUUCUGUCCUUUUUUAUUGUCUCCGGAAUUAAAUGGACAGACGCAGCAAGUAGA